AGGCAAAUGGCCGCGGGAAAGAGGCACGAAAAAGAGGAGCUGGAGGCAGCCAUCACAUUCGAUGAAUCGAUUCCAUCGAACCAGCCCAGACCCAGACCCAGAACCCAGACACCCAGACAAGCAGACAACGGCAGAGUCGCGGAGCCGGAUUCUCUUGCCUCUUUCUGACGUGCCAUGUACUCCAUUCGUUGUCAUAGGCGCAGAGGUUCCCCGCCCUGAACCCUAGCUGUGCAAGUCUGAAGUCCCGGUCAGCCGGCGAUGUAUCGAUGCAUCGACGCUCUUACAAGACAUAAAUACAACCUCCCCUGGCCGGUUUUCCGUCGACCUACUUUUCACUCUCACACACAACAAACAAACAUCUCCUUCUCACUCUUCUCAAUAUCUCCGAACUUCCGGAUUUCCCAUCUAGAUCAACUUCUAUAUAACGACCUACCUCCCUCCCCUCCAUCGAGUUUCUCGACAACAACAUCACCAACUUAACCCCUUACAUCAGUCACAAUGGUAUUGCUCUCUCGUCACAUCCGUUCCGCUGCCCCUCUGGCCUCUCGGGGACUUUCCACGUCCUCAAAGGCAUCUUUCCUCGCUCGACCCGCAUUCUGCCGGGCCUCCCCAGCAUCCUCGACUCUCCCUCGCAAAUUGCCUGGUCAACUCAAUUCGAUCCGCACACUAACAACUACUCGCCAAAACCAGGUCAAGGUCCUUGCAGUCCUCUACGACGGCGGUCAGCACGCCAAAGACGUCCCCGCCCUUUUGGGAACCACCGAGAACGAGCUCGGCAUCCGCAAGUGGCUCGAGGAUCAGGGCCACACUCUGGUCACCACCUCUGACAAGGAGGGCGAGAACUCAAAGUUUGACCAGGAGCUCGUCGACGCUGAGAUCAUCAUCACCACUCCCUUCCACCCCGGCUACCUCACCGCCGAGCGCCUCGCCAAGGCCAAGAACCUGAAGCUCGCCGUCACCGCCGGCAUCGGCUCCGACCAUGUCGACCUCAACGCCGCCAACAAGACCAACGGCGGCGUCACCGUCGCCGAGGUCACCGGCUCCAAUGUCGUCUCCGUCGCCGAGCACGUCGUCAUGACCAUCCUCGUCCUCAUCCGCAACUUCGUCCCCGCCCACGAGCAGAUCGAGCGCGGUGACUGGAACGUCGCCGCCGUCGCCAAGCAGGAGUACGAUCUCGAGGGCAAGACCGUCGGUACCGUCGCCAUCGGCCGCAUUGGCGAGCGCGUCCUCCGCCGCCUCAAGGCAUUCGACUGCAAGGAGCUCCUCUACUACGACUACCAGCCCCUGUCCGCCGAGAAGGAGGCCGAGAUCGGCUGCCGCCGCGUCGAGGACCUCGAGGAGCUGCUCGCCCAGUGCGACAUCGUCACCAUUAACGCGCCCCUGCACGAGAAGACCCGCGGCCUCUUCAACAAGGACCUCAUUGCCAAGAUGAAGAAGGGCUCCUACCUCAUCAACACGGCCCGCGGCGCCAUCGUCGUCAAGGAGGACGUCGCCGACGCCCUCAAGAGCGGUCACCUCGCCGGCUACGGAGGCGACGUCUGGUUCCCCCAGCCCGCGCCCGCCGACCACCCGCUCCGCACAGCCAAGAACCCGUUCGGCGGCGGCAACGCCAUGGUGCCCCACAUGUCGGGUACCUCCCUCGACGCCCAGAAGCGCUACGCCGACGGCACAAAGGCCAUCAUCGACAGCUACCUCAGCGGUCGCGAGGACUACAAGCCCGAGGACCUCAUUGUGCACAAGGGCGACUACGCUACCAAGGCGUACGGCCAGCGCGAGAAGAAGUGAGCGAAUGUCUCGGAGAGGAAAGAGGAUAACCAUACCCCCCCAUGAAGGUUGUGUGUGUGUGUGUGUGAAGAAAUCUAGCGUUGUUUUUUAGUGGUCCCUUCUUGGCAUCAGCAUUUUGCAUAUAUGCUUCAUGUAGUUUUGAAGUCUAGGUUACCCGUAUAUAGGAAUAUAACCUGAUGCGAUGCAAA